UUGGCAGCGGAAGAGGCACGAAGAGAGCAGAAGACCGAGUCAGGACCGUUUGCCGUUCGGAAGUCCACUCUUGCCUCUAACGCCCCAGUUAAAGAGAAGGGUCCGUCAUCAUUGUUCAUCUUCUCCGAAGAUAACUUCAUCAGACGCAAUGCGAAGGCGAUCAUAGAAUGGGGCCCGUUCGAAUAUUUCAUCCUGCUUACUAUAAUAGGAAACUGUGUCGUGCUCGCCAUGGAACAACAUCUUCCGAAAAACGACAAAAAGCCGCUUUCCGAGUUAUUGGAGCGUACCGAGCCAUAUUUCAUGGGUAUUUUCUGCUUAGAAUGCGUACUGAAAAUCAUUGCUUUUGGUUUUAUUGCUCACAAAGGAUCGUACCUGAGAUCCGGAUGGAACAUCAUGGAUUUUAUAGUAGUAGUUUCCGGCGUAGUCACGAUGCUUCCGGUAUCGCCAGCCGCUGGUGGCGGUGGCACUGCUCAAGUGGAAACGGUCGACCUGCGAACUUUACGAGCUGUGAGGGUGUUACGACCGUUGAAACUAGUCAGCGGUAUUCCCAGAUUCUUCUGCCGUGAUAUAUUCAUUGAUUCCUAUAUUCAUGACAAAAUA